AUGCACACCUGCCAGUCAAAGCCCAGAACCCCAACAAGCCGCACCACCGCCAUGGCCGGCGGCGAGCAGGAGCAGCUCCUUGUCCAUGAAUCCUCUGCCCCCGUCAUCUCUAGCGGCGUCCAUCCUUCAUGUCCCACCGUUCGACUGGCCCACUUCCUCCACCCCCGUGCGGGCGACGCACAUCGCCCCGCCCUACCUUCUCCACCCCGUAACUCCGGCCCUCUUCCCGCCGACGGUCUCCAGGUCGAAUUCAAGGGCUGGGCGGAAUCCCCAAUCCUGUGGAGGCGGUGGGUGGACAAACUCCGCCCGCUCUACGAGCGCCGGUGGCGGACGGUUGGGAUCCUGGACGCCAUCCUCGCGACCACCUGCCGGGUGCGGCGCGACCAUGGCGCCAUGCUCCAGCUCGCCUCGAUCUGGUCCGCCGAGACAAACACGUUUCUGUUCCCGUGGGGCGAGGCGACGGUGACGCUGGAGGACGUCGCCGUGCUCGGGGGGCUGCCGUUGCUCGGCCGGGCUGUGCGCGCGCCGCUGGAGGACGCGCCUCGCGGGGACGUGGAGGCGCUCCAGGCCGUCCGUUCCGCGCUCUACCGGAGCAAGAGCCGGAAACCUGACCACCCCGCCUGGGCGAUGCGCUUCCUGGAGCCUCCGUCGGGGGAGGGCCCCGCCGCCCGCGACGGUGAAGCGGCCAGGCUGCUCGAGCACGGGGCAUUCCUCGCCAUGUGGCUGUCGCUCUUCGUGCUGCCGGCGCCGCCGUUCGACGUGAUCCGGGCGGACGUGCUCCCCGUCGCUGCCAUGCUGGCGCGCGGCGAGUGCGUGGCGCUAGCGCCCGCUGCUCUCGCCAGUAUAUACAGCGACCUCUCCGCGCUGAACCGCUACAUGAAUUUGGCCAAGAGAUACCAGCCGUUCGUGGCGUGGGCGCCGCUACACAUCCUCCAGCUCUGGGUCUGGGCAAGGUUCCCCGAGCUUCGCCCUGAGAUGGCGAUCACUGCUCGUAGCCAGCCAUGGGCUGCCCGGUGGCAUGAAGUUAACAAGGAGAUUGACCCCAUGUAUCUUCACGCAGUGUUCAUGUCGCCAAGGGAGUUCGAGUGGAGGCCGUAUGGAAGUAGCAGCUUUGCUCCGCCUCCUGAGAAGGCUUGCUCUUGGGUUCAUGGCCGGGACAUAGCAAGAAGUAAACAGCUGCAAUCCUUUGCACAGUGUCUGCGGGCUUGCGAGCUUGUAGGCAUGCGCUGCAUUGAGCAGUACAAUCCUCAUCGUGUUGCAAGGCAGCUUGGCUUCGAUCAGGACGUGCCUGGAUCUGUUGCCCGUGUUAACUCAAAUUGGGAGAUUGCUUGGGGAACAUACAUGAUGGAGCCUAGAAAAUUUGCAUUCAUCGUUCCACAGUACAUGCUGGGUGUGACGAUUGACUACGCACAAUGGUGGGAGCCAUACUCGUCGGCAUGUGCUACUGCUGUUGCUAAUUCUGCAAAGUUGAAAAAAUUCCGUGCUUUGGUUAUUCCAAGGGGAGAAAAUACAAAAGUUCUGCAUGAUGAUAAGACUAGUAAAGGACCUCCCGGCCUUAUCAUUAAACAGAAUAGCAGCACAGAACAUGGUGAAGUAGCCCAUCAUCACCUUGUCAAGGGAGCAGUAAGCACAACCAGCAGCAAAGACACUAGAUCUGCAGCUGUAGCCCAUGAGCAGUCAAGUCUUGCAGACAUUAUGGUGAUCAGUGAUGACGAGUCUGAUGAAUUAGUGGUCAAGGAACAUGAAUUGAGUGCAAUGGAGAUUGAAGGUAAUGUAGAAUCAAAUAUUGAAGACAUUCUGGUGAUCAGUGAUGGCGAGUCUGAUGAAUUAGUGGGCGAGGAACAUGAGGUGGGUGCAACACCAAUUGAAGGUAAUGAAAAAGAAAAUAAAGAUGCAUCAGCCUCAAACAAACAAUCAUCGCCCCUUUUGGAAGAUUGCGCAGUAGUUAAUAACAAAAGCACAGGAAACAAUAAGAUGUCUUCUGGGAAUCUUGUCGAUGCAAAUCCUGAACUUCCCAGGAGAGUAGUUUCAACAAAUACACUUUACUACCUCAAACCAUUUGGGCGGGUGAAAGACGCGAAGGACGGAGAUGCAACUGGAACAAAUAGGAACAAAGGAGCUUACCUGCCAAGACGGGAAGUUGGAACGAGGGAAAUGAUUGAAGAGGCAUCUGCUGCCCGAGAAACCGAAAAUGUUGUGCUGCAGAAAAAAAUCGACUCUCUGAAGAAAGAGAUUGCAGAAGCACAGGCGCGGCUGAGGGAUAGAAACCCCUCAAAAGUUUGA